AUGACUUCUUAUUUUUAUCACCUCAAAUUUGAACUGUACCCUACACCGGAUCCGACAGGUACAAGUUGUCAACGAGCUCGGCAAGCCCGUCUCUGGGUGCCGUCGCCCGCCACGGACGUCUUUGACGACUUACCUUUGCAUCCACACCCAGCUCGACCUGUGACUGGUGUUUUACCGUCGUACCAGAAUUCGCACAGCUUCUCUGCGGGCGAAUCUUCCUCUUCCUUGGCGUCGACUUCCCCCGACAGCCUUCCCGACAGUGUGAUCGACUGCGGCGGGUCUCGUGCCCCCGUUCGCCGCUCCCACAGACGACUUGAAAUCAUAUCGGAGAGACAGUGGCUUGAGAGGGUGAAUAGUGAUCCUCCCCCGCCGUCUAGUGCUGCCUUGCACCCCCAGACUGCCGUUCGGGACUGGCGCUUUGGCCGAGUGAAUAUCGAAACCAUCGACCCAGCUGCCGCUGGAGCUGCCGUAGGCAUGGCAGGAGAAUCGAGUCGGGCCGGCCCGUCUGCGGCGCCAGCCCUUGGACCGUCAUAUGGAGGAGAGGGAACAGCUACAAAAGCCAGUUUCAUACCGUGCGAAACGAAGAAUACCGAGCUUGGAUGGGGCGUCGUCCACUUUUAUCGAGAGCCCGAUGAAACUACUGCAUUUGGCGGUCCUCAGCAAGAACAAGAGGCGGCGUCUCCCUUGGAAGGUUGCACUACCUUGUGCAUACCUGCCGUACCAGUGUACAUGUCGCCCAGCGACCUGUUGGGUUUCGUGGGCGAGCGAUGGCUCGAAGAUAUAAGCCACUGCCGAAUGGUAAUGACAUCAAGUAUGAAUAGGUAUUUGGUUUUGUUGAAGUUCAGGGAUAGCAGGUCUGCGAAGAACUGGAAGCGGGAGUUUGACGGCAAGGUUUUCAACCCGGUAGAGCCGCAACCGUGCCAUGUUGUAUUUGUAAAAUCUAUCACAUUCGACACACCAAAGUUGCCACAACGAGCCGAUUACUCCAAGGCUCAACCGUCGUCUUCUGCUGUCUCUAGCAGCCUCAAGCCGUUCCCGCCGCCGACGCCGAAUCUGAUCGAGCUACCUACCUGUCCCGUUUGUCUGGAGAGAAUGGAUGAGACAAGUGGGUUGCUGACGAUUCCGUGCUCCCACAUUUUUCACUGCAACUGCUUGCAAAGUUGGAAGGGAUCAGGUUGUCCCGUCUGUCGGUUCACGAAUGCAUCGGGCCUGGAAGGCACCUCCAACAGCCCGGACAACCCGUACUCACAGCCAUUUGGAUCGUCAGUAUCGAAUCUAUGCACAGUAUGCGACUGCACAGAUGAUCUGUGGAUCUGUCUUAUAUGUGGCUACCUAGGCUGUGGACGAUAUAAAGGCGGCCACGCAAAGGACCACUGGAAGGAGACGGCGCACAGCUUUGCCCUAGAACUAGAGACGCAACACGUAUGGGAUUACGCUGGUGAUGUAUGGGUCCACCGACUUAUCCGUGACAAAGGCGACGGCAAGGUGGUAGAAUUGCCCAACAGAAGUAACCAGAGUGGGCGUUCUCUGGAUGAGGAUGUCGUGCCUCGAGCGAAACUCGACAGCAUUGGCCUCGAAUACACGCAACUCAUCACGAGCCAGCUCGAGUCCCAACGAACGUAUUACGAAGAAAUGCUCAGUAAAGCCGUCGACAAGGCUGCCAAGGCUGCCGCCGCCGCCGAGUCCAUGGCCCUGCAGUCAUCCGCGGCGACGGAGAAACUCGAAGAGCUCGAGGAUAAGUUCAAAUCUCUGACUAUGGAUACCAUUCCGCAACUAGAGAGGGAUUUGGAGCGUGAGAGGAACAAAGCCUCCAAAAGCGACACGCUCGCUCGGAACAUGAGCAAGUCGCUCCAAGAGGAAAAGCGCGUCAACGAGGGCCUCUUGAAGAGGAUCGAGCAUCUGGGCCGUGAAAAUGACAAAGUGACGAGGCAGCUGGCGGAGACGAAGAAGGAGGUGGACGAAUUGAAGGAGAUGAACAGGGAUUUGAGCAUGUUUAUUUCAGGACAGGAGAGACUCAAGGAAUUGGAGAAUGAGGGCAAGCUUGAGGAGGGUGAGCUGCAAGGGGGCAGUGCCAGCGUGCCAGAGAAAAAGGGGAGGAGAAAGCGGUGA